AUGAAAUUCGACGUUGCCUCUCUAAAGCUUACAAGUAUACUCAAGUCAGCGUUCAGUAUUCCUAAUGACCUCUACUUCGAUAGCGCGCAGCUGGCGCGCAGCAGAGGCUACGGAGCCUCCACCCACCACGUCACGACGAAGGACGGCUACAUCAUCGCCCUGCAUCGUCUGCUGCCGCCGCCAAACUCCAGCCGCGGGCCUCCAGCGCGGACCGCCGGCGCAGUGCUCAUGAUGUCGUCGCCCUUCGGUUCAUCUUCUGACUUUAUCAUCAACGAACCACAUCAAUCUUUAGGAUACCUGCUGGUCGACGCAGGCUACGACGUUUGGCUCGGCAACUUCAGAGGCUCGCGCUACGGCCUCAACCACACCCGCCUCAACGACGACGACCCGCGCUUCUGGCGCUACAGCUUCGACGAAAUCGCCCAGUUUGAUUUGCCCGCACAAGUGAACUUUGUACUCGAGCGCACCGGCGAGGCCAAGAUAUUUUUCUUCUGUUACUCGGCCUCUACCAUGGCCUUCUUCAUGUCGGGGACUCCAAAGACCAGCUUCAUGAAUAAGAUUCGUUUAGCCGUUACGUUUGCUCCAAUUGGUGACUGCCGACACCCGACUAAAUAUAUCAGAACAUCGGCUCGACUCAUGCUCAUUAUUCAGGACGUAGCAGAGAAAGUAACCCGGGGGCCGCUGUACCGUGGCUCCGACCUCCUCUCCUCGGUGCUGUACGCGCUGUGUCAUGGGGGCAGUCCCUUCAGGAGGAUAUGUGUCUUUGUGGUCACUUCAUUGAUGGGAGGCACGAAUAAAGGAUAUUACGGGAAGAAUGGCUUUCCAUAUGCACUCGCCAGCGUAUUAUCAGGCAUGUCUGUGAAAGCUUUGGCGCAUUUCGCGCAGCAGGCGUUUACUCCUCGCCUCCGAAUGUACGACUACGGCUCUCCAGCUGCCAACCGAGCUGCGUACGGUUUCCCAACUCCUCCGCAUUACAACAUGUCUGACGUGACCGCACCCGUCGUCGUCUGCAGCGCGCCAAACGAUUCACUGAUGUCGCUGCAGGACCAGCAGAUGUUGAUGCAGGAUCUCCCCUACUUCGUUAAAAGGAUACUGGCGCCACAAAAAGACUACGGGCACUUGGAUUUGGUUUAUGCGAAGAACGCUAAAGAAGUAAUUUACAAUGAAAUAAUUGAGCUCAUGAAAAAUUACUGA